CUGGCUCUCAAGGCAGAGUCUCUUCUCAAAGGCUGUUUCACAGUGAAAAUAUGCUCAGUGCAGCCGAGUGCAUGAAUGAAAAAGCCUCUGGUACCUUCUAGUCUGGCAAAAUGCAGCACAAAACUCAACUUACUCUGUCUUUUCUGCUGUCCCAGGUUCUGCUGCUUGCAUGUGCAGAAGAUUUAGAAUGUGUCCCUGGAUUCCAGCAGAAGGUUUUUUAUAUAGAAAAGCCAUUUGAAUUCAGAGAGGACCGGCUGGUUCUGAACCUGAAAUUUGAUGACUGCCAGGGGAACAACAAGUUGAACUUUGAAGUUUCUAACCCAGACUUUAGAGUGGAACUCGAUGGGAACUUGGUUGCACUCAAGAAUGUAUCAGAAGUUGGCAGAGCCUUGUUUGUCCACGCGCGGUCGGAGCACGCCGAGGAUAUGGCAGAAAUCUUUAUUCUUGAGGCAAAUGAAAAACGUGGUGCACUAAAGGAAAUCUUAAAACUAGAAGGCAACCUUGGAAUUCCAAGACAAAAAAGGGCUAUUUUGGCAACUCCAAUAUUAAUUCCUGAAAAUCAAAGACCUCCAUUCCCCAGAUUAGUUGGCAAGGUCAUCAGGAGUGAAGGGACAGAGGGGGUGAAGUUUCGCCUCUCUGGGAAGGGAGUGGAUCAAGAGCCCAGAGGAAUUUUUCGAAUCAAUGAGAUGAGCGGGGAGGUGUCGGUGACCCGAACCCUCGAUCGAGAAGCGAUUGCCAAUUACGAGCUGGAGGUGGAGGUGGUGGAUAUGAACGGGAAGACCUUGGAUGGCCCGGUGCGCCUGGACGUCUCGGUCAUCGACCAGAACGACAACAGGCCCAUGUUCAAGGAGGGCCCCUACGUUGGGCACGUCAUGGAGGGAUCUGCCACAGGAACCACGGUGAUGCGCAUGGCGGCGUUCGACGCCGACGACGCCGGCACGGACAACGCCCUGCUGCGCUACAACAUCCUCAGGCAGACCCCCACCAAACCCUCCCCAAACAUGUUCUACAUCGACCCUGAGAAGGGAGACAUUGUCACCGUGGUGUCCCCAGCGCUGCUGGACCGUGAGACCAUGGAAAGCCCAAAGUAUGAGCUGGUGAUAGAAGCCAAGGACAUGGGUGGGAUGGAUGUGGGACUGACAGGCACAGCCACUGCCACCAUUCUGAUCGACGACAAGAAUGACCACGCGCCAGAAUUCACCAGGAAGGAGUUCCAGGCCACAGUGAAGGAGGGGGUCACAGGUGUGAUAGUGAAUUUAACAGUGGGUGACCGGGACGACCCCGCCACCGGGGCGUGGAGAGCUGUCUACUCCAUCAUCAACGGGAACCCAGGGCAGAGCUUUGAGAUCCACACCAACCCCCAGACCAACGAGGGAAUGCUCUCUGUUGUCAAGCCUUUAGACUACGAGAUUUCAGCCUUUCACACGCUGCUGAUCAAAGUGGAGAACGAAGACCCGCUGAUCCCAGACAUCACCUACGGGCCCAGCUCCACAGCCACGGUGCAGAUCACCGUGGAGGACGUCAACGAGGGCCCCGUGUUCCACCCCAACCCCAUGGCAGUGACCAAGCAGGAGAACAUCCCCGUGGGCAGCGUGGUGCUCACCGUCAACGCCACCGACCCCGACACCCUGCAGCACCAGACCAUCAGGUAUUCAGUGUACAAGGACCCAGCAGGGUGGCUGGAAAUCAACCCCACCAACGGCACCGUGGGCACCACGGCAGUGCUGGACAGGGAAUCUCCCUUUGUGCACAACAACGUCUACACUGCUCUGUUCCUGGCCAUCGACAGUGGUAACCCUCCUGCCACGGGCACAGGAACUUUGCACAUCACCUUGGAGGAUGUCAAUGACAAUGUCCCAUCCCUUUAUCCCACCCUGGCAAAAGUUUGUGACGAUGCAAAAGAUCUCAGGGUAGUGGUUCUAGGAGCAUCAGACAAAGACCUUCACCCCAACACAGAUCCAUUCAAAUUUGAGCUCAGCAAGCAAUCCGGCCCAGAAAAGUUGUGGAGAAUCAACAGGCUUAACAAUACCCAUGCCCAGGUCAUCCUGCUCCAGAACCUGAAAAAGGCCAAUUACAACAUCCCCAUCUCAGUGACAGAUUCUGGAAAGCCUCCUCUGACCAACACCACAGAACUGAGGUUACAGGUGUGCACCUGCAAGAAAUCCAAAAUGGACUGCAGUGCAGCGGGCGCUCUCCACAUCAGCCUGAGCCUAAUCCUCCUUUCACUCCUCUGUUUGUUCUGUCUGUAAGAGCUCUGCCAUUUGAAGCUGUCCUACCGAGUUGCCAUGGCAACGAGAAGAAGGAAAAAAACCCCAUCAGCUCUGAAGAUUGCAGUUUACAAGGACUGUUCUUCACUCCUCAGCCUCAGUUGCUCCAGUUUAGUUUGCAAUCUCACUCAAUCUGUCCAACUGUACCUUGGUGUUCGACGGCCUCCUCCCCUCUGCCCUUUGGCCCUGGAUUCCUCCUGCAGGACACAAGGUUUACUCAAAAUUUACUCUGAAUGUUAAAAGACCACGACAUCCAAACCCCACCUUGGGGGGAGCUGAAAAAAAAAAAAAAAAGAAAAAAAAAAAAAAAAAAAAAGAAACACCACAAAACCAGAUUGACUCCAUUUUUUUCUAUCUGUUGACUUGUUGCUAUUCAACUGUUCAGAAAAUAUUUUGUCUGUGGGUUAGUAUUUGUAUAUGUAUGAGUGUAUGUAUAUAUAUAUAUUUAUAUAGAGAGAAGAGUUAUACCACAGGUUUAGCUUUUAUAAAUUGUUCAUCUGGAGGGUGAGAGAAGGGAGGGAGCAGAAGAACAACACAGCCACAGAUGAAUUGUAGCUGUCCCAGCACGGCUGAACCUGCUGUGUUUGCUGUCCAGAGCGUGGCCAGCAGCAGAGAGCCCGUGGCCACCCGGGCUCUGCCUCCUCCUACCUCAGGUUCAGCAAAAUAAGGAAUGCAAGUCCCCAGGGCUUGUUCCUGCUCUGAGCUGCUCCCCCUGCCCCAGAGGGAGCUGAGGAUGCAGGAGGAGCCAGGUGGGAGCAGCUCAGCCUGAUCCGAGGGGCCAAAGGGCUGAAGGGUUGGCCGGGGCAGGUGACAAAGCGUUUUUAUCAGCUCUGCAGGUGAGAAGCUGAGUGCAGCAGCAAGGCUCAGUGCUUGCCAGAGCACUGAUCCCUGCCUCAGCCUCUGGGCCAGCAGCAGCGCAGGUGCCCUGUCCAUAGAUAGCCACACAAACCCAUCCUUUUGGAUAUAUAUAUAUACAUACAUACACACGUACACACAGCUUCCAGUUAAGAGUAACAAGAGCAUUUCUUUGUGUGUGUGAACUUACCACACCUGUUUGCAGACAUGGGGAAAAAAGGGUGUUUGUUCUCUAUGAAUAUGGAUCCUUUUUUAUUCUGUGAGCAUGUAAGGUCAAAAAACAAACAACAAAAAAAAUUCCUUCUAACUGUAUGAAGAUGAUCAUCUUGUUAAUAAACUGUAAAUGAUCCAUCAAAGCUCACACCAAAUUUUUAUAAAAUUAACACAAAAAGUAUACUAGUGACAGACUGUGGCUUUUAUUAGAGCUUGCCAGUAACUAGGGUAAGGUAAGUGUCUUAGAAUAUUUUAAUAAACUUGCUUAUUUAAAGUUUAAACAAGAAAGCUUCCUUAUGCAAUAGAACUUUGCAGCUGCACUCUUUAGUUAGCAUUUUUACAGUAAUUAUGGGUCAUACUCCAUGGCAUCCCUACCACAGUGAGAGUAUGAGCACACCUUCCACACCACAUCUAUGUUCCAAUAGUAAAGAUUUUUGGAAGCAUUGAAAAUGAGUCCAGACAUACAUUUAGUUUCCCAUAAUGCUACACUAGAUAUUAAAUGUGUGUUGGUGGUUAAAAUUUGCUGUACAAUAGCUUUUCUCCAACUUCCUGUAUUAUACCAAAAUAUGAAACAAGUUUUUUUUCUUUUCUUUCUUCCUUUUUUUUUUUUUUUAAUCAAAAAGAGUAAUAACAACAGACAGAGGAAAAAUGAGUUUGUGUCGUGAGCUUUCCUACUGUUGUAGAUUUCUGGAUAAGAUAUGAGCUGCCUUCAGACCAGUUUUUCUCUUCCAGCUCAGCUCCUGCAGUCCUGACCAAGUGAAGUCUCUGUGUCACCAGAGUGGCACCUGAGGGUCACUGGGAGCUGGCCAAGGACACCAGGAGUGGCUUUGGCAGCUUCAGGCAUCCCAGCAGGGCAGUGCCUGAUCCCAGCCCCUGCCAUGGGCACACUCCUGGUCCUCUCUCCCUCGCUGCUGCUUUGCCAUCAACAAUCACACCUUUUCUAUUAAAAAAAAAAAAAAUUAUAUAUAGAUAUUAUUUUCAAGCAAAAUUUUCCAAAAGGAACAAUUUAUCUACUGUAUGGCACCUCUGGAAUUCCGACGUGUAUGUUCAAUGAAUGCACCCAAAGAUAUUCUGCACCCUGUGCUUUCAGCUACAAAACCUCUAUCUUGAAUAAAAGAGAUUGUAUCACCCUGCCCCACAAAUACUCUUUUCUACUUGCUUUUUUCCUCUCCCCACCCAGCCAAACCCACCUCUGGAAAGACACCCCUUGACUUUGGUGUCAUUUCUGUCCAAUGCCAGAAAAUUCUGCCCUUGCCUGCUUCAAACCCAGGCUCACAGAGCGUUGGGUGAGUCACCCCCAGGGCAGCCAAAAUGAAGGACAAAGAGAAAACUCUUCUGCCUGGAGCUCCACAAGCAAGGGGAAGACUCAAGAUCUUUCUUCCUGGACCCACUGCAGGAUUGGGACGUGCAGAGAGGUCAGAGCCCGGCUGAACUCUGACCCAGCUGCAUCCAAGCCUCCAUUCCCAUUUUCCCUGUAUUUCUGCUCCCACAUGAAAGCCUCCCAGCCUUUCCCAAGUGGCCCAGGCUCCCCAGGGAGCCCAUCCCAGCCAUGCCAGGAGGAGGUGAAGCUGUUCAUGUUCCUCCCCAUUUAACACAGACUGUGGAUCCACAGCAGAAUCUGAGUUUUCCUACCUGAACAAAGGGUGCCACCUCUGGCUCAGAAAUCCAGUGUCCAUUUCCUGAAACAAAGGAGAAACAAUGAUUUAUCCAUUUUUCUACAAUAUAAUGAACAAGCAGAAGAUUUACAAAACUGGUUGCAUUAUUUUCUAAUAGUUGGUUCUGUUUAACAUUAGUUCAGCUCAAUUAAUUGACUCAACAUUAAUUCAAGUUUGCUGUUUUUGUAACAUUCCCCUUAUUCCUACCCAGCUGUUUUAGCCCCACCAACAGCUAUUUCAGUCUGUGUUUGUAGGCCCAUAAAUGCUGUCUAGAGUUGGGAAGGCAGUGAACUUGUUGAUUAUCAUUUUGUAACAUGCACAAACUUACUUUUUAUUGGUUAAAGUCAUUUCCCUUGGAAAGGCUCUGUGCUGUCAAAACAAAAAUUGGGAGUAACAAUCAGUGAGAGGAGUUCAUUAGCAAGAGAGAGGUCUCAGUUUUGGUGUGCUUGCCAAUUGAACCCUGCUCUGUGCUCCCUGUGCUUUUCCACUCUGCCUGUGUGCAUUUGUUAAUGUCCAUUUUGCUCAGUAGCUGCAGGUAUGAAGAGUAAAAAUAAGGGAAAAGAGCUGAAUUUCCUGCUGGGUGUGGAGGAAAAUGAGGAGAGGGUGGAACACUGGUAACACAGCCCCUGAGCCCUGUUCUCAUCACAUUUACACUGCUGGAAGCCAAACAGCAGCCCCAUCUCCAGAACUGUGCUCAGUUCAUCACACUGAGGUGGAAUUCUCCCUGCCCACAUCUUGCUUUUUGCUGUUGGCUGCCAGCAGUGAAGCUGCAGUGUUUGUCACAGGACUGCUGAGGGCUUCCACUGAUCAGAAACCUGGGGUUUGUCACAUCCAGCCACCCACAGGUGCCCUUCACUGACCACCUGGAGGUGUCUCCAAGGCUCCCAGAAUAUUUUGGUUUCACCUGGGUUUGAAAUGGAUGGGGCCAAACAAUUUGUUCUGUUCUCUUGCAUAGUCAUUUUUUGGAUUACUAUAAUACAAACCUCAUUUAUUGAAUUAUGGACUUGGAAGCAGUUUGUAGGGCCCUAUCUCAAAUGCCUUAUCACUCCAAAAAGACAUCUACUACAUUGACAACUUUUGUCUUUCCUUUGCAAAGGCCUCUUGUCUGAAACACUGAGAAAGCUCCAAUUUUCUUCUCAAAUGUUACUAAUCCACUUGGAGCAGAAUUCUGCACACAAAUAACUUCACACCACUCGGUCUAAAGGCUAAGUUCCUUUUGGGAUAGGUUUAAAAAUGUCUUGUUAAAUUUUCUUUUAAAAAUUAGUUAUAUUAAUAAGUCACAUUGGCUUGAGACCACCAAGUCUAAAGCCAAGCUCUGCUCCUGCCUUGCCUUUUCUGCACCUCUAGAAACUCUGCUGUCUGAGAGAUCCAGCCCCAUGCUAACACAAAGAAAAAUAACAAUAUCAAUGACUUCCUUUCAGUUACCUCUGUGCUCUGUAAUUAGCAGUCACAGGCAGUGCACAUCAGUAAUUCUCAUCCCAGCCAUUCUCUUCAGAGCAGGCAGAGCUGAGCCUUUGCUGCACCAAGCACUCCAGGCACUGGCUGCCCUGCCCUGCCUCACCCCAGCACACCUGGGCUGCUUUGGCUGGGUCCCAGGGGAUGGAUGCUCUGCCCCACUCCCAGAGGAAGGUUUCUAGCUGCACAACUGCUAUGUGUGUAUAUAUGUAGAUAUAUAGAGAUAUACACAUAUAAAUAUAUAUAUUAAAUAUAUGCAGGUGGGAGGAGAUUGAGACAACACGGGGGGCUUGGAAUGAGCAGUUUAAUUCCCUCAGUUAGGGAUGAAUUCAUGGGAUCAGGGACAGCAUGGGCUGCAUGUACUGAACCAGUCUGAUUUAAAGCAAACAAAAAGGGCAAAAAGCCCAAAUCCCAACCCCCAGGCUGAUCUCAACUCUCCUGUUGUGUUUCUGCCACCCCGAGCUGUCCCCUGGUACCACAACUCUAUUGCACCAUUGCUUUCUGACUCAUUUCCAGUGGUCUGUGGAUCAGCAGGUCACCAGGAGUGGAAAGGGAAGGGUGUAGAGCCAGAAUUCCUCAUUCCUGAGCUUUCAGUGGGCCAGCUGUUUGGGGAAGUCUCAGCCAGCCUUGAGCACUGCACUCCUCCCUGCAUCAGCAGGUGACUGCACGCUGAGAUUUGGGUGAGAGGAAUGGAGAGGAGAGCCAGGCUGGGGGUUUGGCUGUGCCUGAGGAAUCAAUCUGUGUCUGGGGACUGUGAUGGGGAACUCAGCACACAGGAGUUGUGGUGUUGCUGCAAUUUCAGCCAGAACCCUCCUGUGAAACCACACCUACCCCAAACAACCUCUGCCCCCUGAAGUUACCAUCAAGAUUAUUUUUUUUAAUUUUUUUUUUCGUUUUUAAUAGCCCAAGCAAGGAGGAAAACAUUUUGCUUGAUUUUCAAGAUGCUUAAUUCAGCUGCUUUUCCAGUUAAUCAUUCCUUUGGGCCCUAGUUGCUGAAUCGCUUGCUGUUUCUGAGGUGUAAAUAAACAUUUUGAUUUAUGAUGUGGUUGCAAAGAAACUUGUAAUUUAUUUGUGAAAUGCUCAAAUAAAAGAUGUAUGGGCUUUUA